AUGUGUCAAUCCUACAUCAACGAGUACGAGUCUUGUCACCACAACAAACUCGACAGAAAAGAAAAGUGCUGGCAGAAUUUUGUCGAGACUCACUUGUCGUUCCUGGCAGCUUGCUUAUAUCCUACAGGCUCCCAUAACGAUGUCAAAAUAUCCAAUCCUGUCCAUGGAAUGUGUGAUAGCUGCACUAAGCGUAACCAGCAGAACACCCGUCGAGACUAUGGUGGCUUCACUGCACAGUUGACUGCACAGUUGACCCAGGGUGUUGGAAGCUCCCGGGGUAUGGCACAGGUUCAGGCAUCUGUUUACCCCUGGGAACAGAUACAGCCAUCUGAUUACUCCUGUGGAGGUCAGAAUGAGCCUCCUGUGAGAUCCCCUGAGAAUUCUUACCAGCCUCGGGCUUAUCCAACUCAGGGUCACCAGCACCAGGCUCAAGCAAACAACCCUUCUCAGCCGGAUAGAGCUCUCGGUUCUAGAGCUCUUGAAUCUGAAGAAACUCCUCGACCUGGCUAUGGAUAUGCCAGAGCACUUCAGUAUCAACGUUAUGUCAGUCAGCCUUCCAGACAGGUAAGUCAUGGCCCAGAUGGUAUCGAACUGACAAACCUGCAGCCCUCUAACCUUCGACAUAGCAACAGUAACGGCUUUGUCAACAGCUCAGAGCCUAGUCCUUACGAGAUAGAGGCCACUGUCGGCAGGCGUGACAGUAUUCUGUCAGAGAAUGGACGCGCCCCGGCUCAACGUACUCGCAGGCCUCUCUCGCCCAUACCUAGUCCCCACGAACUGGAGUAUUCUCUUAACAACAGCGACAGCGUCGAUUCACUGAGUGCAGCGGCAAAAAAGACCACCAGCAGUCGUACAAGACGCCGUCCCAAGAAAUCUGGUACCCGCGGAAACCUAGAGAUCAAGGAUAAACUUCCUCGUCCCGCUCCAAAUCCAGGGCACUGUGAGCAAAACCCCGUCCCUCGCAGGGUCGCAACGCUGCGAAGGGAGCAUGGCCCUUCUUCAAUUGACCGCUCCCAGACGGUGUCUCCUCUCACUGAGAGCGAUCUGAGAGCUCCUUUUGUUCCGAUCCCUGAGCACGAUGAGUACCCUGAGCACGAUGUAGACAGCAACUACCCCGCGCGUAUCUAG